AUGUUGAGAGUGGCUGCUCGGAGGCUGUCUUCCUCACUCAGAAGAACAUCGCAGGCCGCCGUCUCAUCCUCCGGCCUUUCGAAUCAAUCCGUCGACGGAACUCAUUUCUUCAACGACAGCCCAAUUGACACUCACCCCAAUUUUCAUUUCUCCUCUAGAGGUUUUGGUUCUAAUUCCAUUUCAUCUAAGAAUGAAGGUAGAAGCUCUAUCCCACCAACUGUAGCUGCUAUGAGAAACCCUACCCCAAAGAUAGUUUACGACGAGCACAACCACGAACGGUAUGCCCCAGGUGAUCCCAGUAAGCGUGCUUUUGCAUAUUUUGUCCUGACAGGUGGCAGAUUCGUGUAUGCUUCCUUGCUGCGCCUUCUUGUCCUCAAGUUCAUCCUCAGCAUGUCGGCCAGUAAGGAUGUUCUGGCAAUGGCUUCUCUCGAGGUUGAUCUGUCGAGCAUCGAGCCCGGCUCGACUGUCACGGUCAAGUGGCGCGGAAAGCCAGUCUUCAUUAGGCACCGCACUGAGGAAGACGUGAAGCUGGCCAACAGCGUCGAGCUUCCCUCGCUGCGGGACCCACAGCCGGACUCGGAGAGGGUGAAGAAUCCGGAAUGGCUCGUGGUUGUUGGGGUCUGCACGCAUUUGGGCUGCAUCCCUCUGCCGAAUGCUGGUGAUUUCGGAGGGUGGUUUUGCCCCUGCCAUGGCUCUCACUAUGACAUAUCGGGAAGAAUUCGAAAGGGUCCAGCUCCUUACAAUCUGGAAGUCCCGAUGUAUACUUUCUUGGAUGAGAACAAGCUGUUGAUCGGAUGA